AUGUUGGUUGUCAAAGCCUGGAAGAUUCUGCUGAUUCUUGUUGCAGUAUUACUUGCGUGGUCUCUCCUCGUUACAUCCUUCCGUUAUAGCGACCCAGCAAGAUGGCCGAAGAGCGUAUCUCAUUUUUCAAAUGAACUGAGAGACAAGGCUCUUGCUCAUAUCGAGAAUGAAACUCUUGGGUUUGAGCAUGUCUUUGCUAUAGGAAUGAAAGAGCGUCCCGACAAGCGCGAUUUUCUUACUUUAGCGGCGAUAGAAACUGGCUUUGAGGUUGACUGGCUGGACGGGGUGAGACCAUCUGAGCUGCGGCAGAAAGCUAUGCCAAACGGAUAUGAUAUCUCAUCUACGGUGCCCACUAUUAUCGCAUGCUGGCGAGCUCAUAUGAAUGCUAUGUUCGAAGUUGUCCAGAGAGGUUAUUCCUCUGCACUGAUUUUCGAAGAUGAUGCCGACUGGGAUGUGAACAUCAGAUCACAGUUACGCGAGUUUGCUCGUGGGCUACACGCUUUACAGGGCAAUGGUCAUGCCUCGACACAGCACCCCUAUGGAGUAGACUGGGAUCUUCUUUGGAUUGGAGGAUGUGGGUCGGCUCCAUUUCCUAACGAAACCCAGUUCUACGCUGUACGUGAUGAUCCUACAUGUCCUAAUGUCGAACAUCGAGGAAUGCUUGGCGGAGUCCCUGAUAGCUGGAAGGUCCACUUUCCAGAAGACUCGACAAGGUUUUCCUUUAAAGCAGAAGCAGGCUGCUGUCUAUAUGGCUAUGCCGUUUCGAACAGGGGGGCAAGAAAAAUUCUCGCUGAACUUGAGCUUGAUCAUAUAGAGGUACCAGUGGAUAACGCUUUGAGUGACUUAUGCGGAGGCAGGUCUGGUCGCCAACAGAUUGAUUGCUAUGCACUAUUCCCUCAAAUUAUUGGUACUUACCGACGAGCUGGGCCAUCCUCCAGGGAUUCAGACAUCGCCAGCUAUGAUGAGAACCUUAUUCACGAAGAGGAAUCCUGGAACAUGGUGUACAGCGUGAGGCGCAAUAUUCAGCGACUUGUUGCUGGCGAAGUCACUGUCUACUCACAGUGGAAUGACCAACCAUGGACGGCCAAGGAGGUCAACCCGAGACAGUUCACCCACCCCAAAGGUCAAUUAGUCACCUAG